ACUAUUAUUAUGCAGACGACGUCCGAUAAGCGACGCUUUUACUUUUUUAAAUAAAAUAAAUUUAUUGGAACAGAUGUUGCAGGAAAGAGAAGGCUUAGUUCUGGUUCGAGGAGAGACGGAUUCGAAUGCAAUGCCUAUGAAGUUACGACUGGGUAGGGACAUAGUGGAAUUGCACAGGGAAGAAUUAGUUUGCGUGGAGCCAAACGAUAUCGACUCAUCUCUAUUAUCGAAAGAACGUACAGUUAUCGUUCACAGAGGAGGUGGUGGUUUGGGCAUUAGCGUUAAGGGCGGACACGAACAUAACCUACCGAUACUCAUCUCUCGGAUAUUUAAGGGCCAAGCAGCGGAUAGGACAAGAUCUUUAUACGUUGGAGACGCUAUUCUAUCUGUAAACGGGGCGAAUGUUACAAAAUUGCGUCAUGACGAAGCCGUACAGUGCCUAAAGCACGCCGGCAACGAUGUUACUCUAGUCGUUAAAUACUUUCGUCCAGCCUCACUAUUCCUAGGCCAACAAGAUCGAGAGAACGAUAAUGCUGGCAUGGGGAAGCAAUUGGAGAUCGAAAAUGACAAUAUAGAAAUAGACGACCAGCACGUACCGUUGGCCCCAAUAAAGAAGGAAUGGAAAUUGUCUACAACCAUACCAUUAUUAUUCGCUCAUAUAAGUUUAUCAGAAGGAGAAAAAGGUUCUACAAGCUUCCAAAUUCAAAGUGCAAACGAUUCAAUACACAGCGGUCUAAUUAUGUGCGAAAACGCCUUCUCGUGUUCGGAAUGGUUUAACGAUAUAUUUAAUAAUAUUAGUGCCUUGAAUUAUAAACGGAUGAAAGAGUUUAAUAACUCAAUAUAUCCCUCCAAGCAGGUCAUGUUUAUGAGUUGGGUUAAGGAGAAGAUAACUAAUGUUGCUUGGGCACCGACUUUCCUCUGUUUAUGCGGAAUGGAUGUUUAUCUUUUCGAACAGCCUCCGGCAAGUCGGGAUGAUUGGGAAGUUCCAGAAAAAACAUUCAAAAUAUACGAAUCCGUUUUUAGAAUUCUAAAGCAAUCCGAGUGUGCGGACGACAGAAAAUAUUGUUGUAUAAUAGAAAACGCUAAAUGUAAUAAAGUAACUCAAACGGUUCAGAAAUGUUACAUGAGCGUCGAUUCUCGACAACAACUGCUAAAACUGGAAAAAGCCUGGCAUUGCGCCAAUGCUACAGCGGUGACAACAAUACAGAAUAUUACUUACGGGUGCUCGUGGAAUGAUAGACUUUGCGGUUUAACCCUGGAUUUGGAUGGUGGUAUAGCACUCUAUGAUAAUGAUACAAAGAACAACGAAUGGGCCUAUCAGUUCUCUCAAUUGAAAAGUUCCCGAGAUGACGGAAAGAGUGCACUAAUGAUGAAUUUUACAAAUGAAAAUGGGAUGAUCGAAACCAGAAAGAUUGAGAGUACAAAAAUGUUUGCAAUUAUAUUCUGCUUACACUCAUUUUUAGCUGCAAAGCUAGCCUUUGUAGAUCCAAUAUUUCUACAAAACGUUGGACUAUAAAUCAAAGAGUUUGUUAUACAAGAAACUACAAGAAAAUAAAAGAAAGAGAAGAAGAAUUAAUAAUAUUAACAUGAUUAAAAAAAUAAAACUAAAAAAGUGUGCUAUUUAGUCAAAACAAUGAAAAAAUUCUCUAUUUUACACAGUCUAUUAUAAUAAAUUGUAAAAUUAACUAUCUUAAUUAUAC